CUAUAGUGCUUUGGGUCAUGGGAGUGGGUACGGUAGAUCAAAGUUUGACACUGUGGUUAGUGGUACCGUGCGAAGUGGUAGUUGACGUCCAAAAGAUGUAGGCAUCUGCUGAGUUAAAAGAUGUAUCGUCUGACGCGAAUAGCAUUUCAGGUUGAGCGCAAAUGGUUAUCAUCGUCAAAGCUAUCUAAAAAGCGAUUCAAUGCAUCUAGGCGUGACUACAGUACGAAAUUAAAUACAUCGUUUGUGACUGAACACGAGUAUCGAAACCGAAGUGAAAACUUCCCUUCACUGUUGGUAUGGGGUGGCGUGUUUUCAUUUUUCCAAAGCAAGGAGGAACCCGAAUUAAUACAAACUAUCAAACGAGCAAUUUUAUUAAUGCAGAAAGACGAAAUGAAAAAGGCAGAGCAGAUGCUUCAUAUUGCAUUAAAACUUGCUCAAGAACAACAGAACGAAGAUGGUAUAGUAUAUGUACUGGAUCUUAUGGCAAAUUUGGCGUAUGAUAUGAAUGAGCACGAUAAAGCACAUAAAUUAUUUGUUAGCGUUAUGCAGCACCUUUUCAGAAAAGGUGUGCAGCAGGAUGACAAUAAAAUCAUUCAUAUAAGCCUGAAACUUGCUGACAAUUACCAUAAACAGGGAGAAAAAAGGAAAGCUGAAGAAGGGUUUAAAUUUUGUCUUGAAAAUCUUGAAAAUAAACUCAAUUCAGGAGUUAAAGAUGAAGAUACAUUGCUGCUACUUGCAAUGACUCUGGAUUGGUAUGCACAGUUUGUUUUUAAGUCAGGGCGAUAUAAAGAUGCACAGAAUCUUAUGAAGAGAGCAUAUGACUUGUCUGUUAGCAUCAAUGGUGAGACCAGUGAGCAAGUUGUUGUUUUAUUAAAUGACCUUGGUACGGUUAGUUGCCUCCAAGGAGAUUUAGACGCUGCUUUGAAAUAUCUGAAACAGGCUACUGCUAUAGGGGAAAAAUUUCCUGAUAUGCUUGAAUUGGGAUCAAUUUACAUUAAUUUGGGUUUUGUUUAUUUGAAAAAACAAAUGUAUGAUGAAGCCAAACGUGCUUGUGUGUAUGCCAGAGAACAAGGACGCAGAUUGAAGAAUAAAGAGGUUGAAGAUGUAGCGGAGCUGUGUUUGCAGAAAAUUAAGCUGCCUGAAAAAGUAUGAGUUGGUGAAUUUUAUCUGUGAUUUGGAAUGUAUAUUAUGUAGUAAAACACUUUUCUGUUUUA